AUGGACGCCGCAGACCUAUUCCGGCAAGCCGAGACCUCUGUCAACAGGGCCCGAGAAGCGAAAGCCCUACGUGCCCGAGAGAGCAGCCAUGAAAGCGACAUCGAGCCGUCUCCCCGGAUCGCACAUACUUUGACAGCAUGUUGCCGAUGCCGUCAGAGGAAAACGAGAUGCGACCCCAACCUGCCGCGAUGCCUGCCUUGUGAGCGAGCUGGCGCAACAUGCGAAUAUUACGACACAAGCAAAGGGAAGAAGAUAUCUCGCACCUAUGUGAUCCGCCUUCAAGACAAAGUCCGGGCCUUGGAGAACGAGCUCAGCCAAUACACGGAAGACGAGGGAUCUCCACAGAACACCGAAGAUAUCGUACGGCCGGGCGGUCUUGUCCGCCUAGAUGAGGAUGACGAGACCCCGCGGUUUCUGGGACCCUCCAGUGGUAUCGCUAUGACAAGGCUUGUCAUGGAGGAGGCGAAAAAGUACACGGAUUCGAGGAGCAUCCGCGAGCUGGUGCCCGAGGUCCGGCAGAGGCGAGGUCCCUUGCCUUCUCCGGAAGCGGCUACGGGGCGAAAAAAAUCAUACCCUAUGAUUAGUGCUGUUCCAGCACCGACAUUACCCAGUCGUCUGGUAACGGACAAAUUGUUGGAAGUGUUCAAUCAAAAAGCUCAAUAUCUGAUGCCGACCUUGCACGAGCCAACCUUGCAAAAAGACGUGCAAGAAGUGUACGAUGGGAACUCCGACCCUUACAAAAACUUUGUCGUCCGGAUGGUACUGGCAAUAGCCAUGCAGAAGCUAGAUACACAGUACGCCGGUCUAGCAGACAGUUACUACCUAGCUGCUAUGGUUUACAUGGAAGCUGUGAUUCGUCCGAAGGAUAUCAAAACACUUCAAUGCUUGGUCCUGGUGGCUAUGUACUCUCUACUGACCCCUACUCGGACCGCCAUUUAUUAUGUUGUGGGCUUAGCAACUAAGCUUUGCCAGCAGCUAGGGUUAGCGGAAGAAAAGACAAUAACCCAAGGGGUGUCACUUGGUCUGGUCAACCCGCUUCAGCUUGAUAUGAGACGGCGUCUUUCCUGGAUCAUCUUGUCAAUGGAGUUUGGCCUUGCACAAAGUAUGGGGCGCCCAAGCUCCUUUGCGACCGGCCAAGAUCAUGUAGACGUCGAAUUCUUCGAGCCCAUAGAUGACGAAUACAUUACUGCCGAUGGGAUACUUCCGGGGCCGGUAUCUGAAAAGAAGACUGUUGCUAUACAUUUCCUCCGGAUGAGACUUCUCCAAGCUGAAAUCCGUCGGGUACUUUAUCAGAGGAAGCGAUCAGAGCCGAAGAGCGAAGACCAUCCUUGGUACGCACAGAUGGAGCAGAAGCUGAAGGACUGGGUUGAGGCAUGUCCUACAAACCCUCCGUGGAGUAAAGACUGGUUCAUAGGUAGACACAGAACUAUGAUAAUGACCCUUUUACGCCCUUCGCCUCAAGUCCCUAAACCCAUGACUCGUUCCGCCAAGAUGUGCUACGACGCGGCUUCUAACAACAUCCGAGAUCUGAGCAAGCAGAUGGAGACGUGUGUGGUUGACAUUACGUGGAUAUUUGUUUUAAACCUCUUCCAGGCAGUGAAUACGAUGCUAUGGUCAAUAUCAUAUCCCGAAGUCCGCGCGUUGCAUCCCAAAGACGAGCUGGAGGAAAACAUUGAUAUUGCACUAGGCAUUAUUGUCAAGUGCAGGGAACGUUGGCCAGGAACAGGAGCAGCCUCACAGCUCUACUCCAAGUUGGCUAAGGCUUGUCUGAAAAGCUACGAUACAAUGGAUCAUCUCCAAGUAUCUUCAUCGCAAUCAGUAACCUCGCCAGCAUCUCUUACAGACGCCAACUCCCCGUCGGCCUCAGAACAGUCCAGUGCGACCCCCAAUUCGAUCGCAUUUUCUCAAAAGACGUUUUCCCCGACGACUCCACAAUUUAGCUACGUUUUCGGCCAAAUGCCGGAACCAGUCAACACUUUCCCUCCUCCACCACCAACUUUCCGAUCCGGCUCUAUAUUCGGAACUCCUCCCAACAUUCAGACGGACCGUCGCUUCAGUUAUUUCCCUCCUGAGUUCACGCACCCUCAUGGUCUACCCAAUGCUUGGAAUCAAGUAGCCCCGAGCCAACAGGUUCAGAUGCCGGCGCCGCCACCACCACAGAUGGCACACCCAGUCAAUCCUGAUCCGGCGUACCUCAUGCAAUCUAGUUCCUUUGCUUUUGGGUCUCAUGCCGGGGAAGACCACGACUAUCGAAAUAUGAGAAAAGGCAGUCUCAACCCACAGCAAUACGUCGAGUUAAUGGAGACUCUCGAAACAGAUGGACUGACUGAGAUGGAUAAUUUUAUGAAAGUGAUCACUUUCGCAGGAUUAGUACUAGCACUGCCCGGAAUGCCAUUUCCAUACGCCUGCGAAGAGAACCAAGCUUUAUCCGAGUUAGAUAUCGGAGCAGGUUUCGCCGCUCCGAGAUUUGCAGGAAGCUCUAGAAUAGCAGCUACCGGAUCAAUGGCGAAAAAGAAGAACAAGAGCGCCACUGUCGGUGAUGCUGAUGAAGAUAUCAUGCCCGCUCCCCCUACAUCAUCUGGAUCUUCUUCCGCAUCGAAUUCCAAGCCAAAGGCGAAGACACCGUUGCAGAAUGGCUUGAUUAUUUGUCGCAAUAAGCAUUGGCGCUACAUCUCUUCUUUCCACGGCCCAUGGCUGCAAUUGCCCCCAGAGAUCCUCGAGAGUCUCGCGAACAAUAACUACAACCUGCCGCGUCCUCGUCCUAUAGACCCCGCCGUGUUCUUCGACCUCCUUAAAAUCCGACAGCUUGUCGACGAUGCCACGAACCUUGCGGUACGAGCUGCAAGUGGAGUCACAUCCUCGUCCCUUACAAACUCUUUGAAUGCUGGCAAUGGGCUCUUGGGGAACGGCGGGGCUGCAUUGGGACUCGGACUCGGCGGAGGAGGGGGAAAUGCCAAACUGAGUAGGGAGCGGAAGCACCGAAUGCGAGAGCAGGCGACGCAGAAGCUGUCCAAGGCGUACCAUUUGGAUGAGAUAGCAUGCAGUGUCGCCACCAUGCAAUCUGCGUCUACGCUCGAGGAUGUGGCGCAUCUAGUCCUGCAGAGAAACCCGCUGGAUGCCGAUGCGAAAUAUGUCCACUUCUUCCAUGAAAAGAUCCCCUCGCGCCAGCUGGCUGAAUGUACCAGUCUUGAGCCGCUAGACGAAGUCAUUGCAGAGAGACCCAGUGAGCCCGAGAUCUUGAGAACCCGAGCCGUCACAAAGAUAUUCAAGGAGGAUUAUGUAGGUGCGGCACAGGAUCUUACAUUGGCGUUGCAGGUGUGCAGAUACCACCAGAACCAGCACAAGGCUGGACGACAACAGCUGCAGCUGGCAAGCGAGGCGGCUGCUGAGGCCCAGCGCAAUAGCAAUAGCCGGUGGAGAGAGGAGAUUAAGUUGGAUGAGGCUGAUCACCCCAGCAGUUUGGAGACUCAACUCUUAUUUCACCGUGCGGGCGUAUAUCUGACUAUCGCUUGCCAACAUGUCAACGAUGCUCUCCCACCCAGACCAAUGAGAAACGGCGCCAAUGGAGCAAAAGCCCAGCCAGUCAACGACGAUGCCAGCGCCGCGAAAGAGCCUCCCGAGAUGACCCCCGCUGAGAAAGAGGCACACCGAAAGCGGCUUGACGCCAGAAAGAUUGUCAAGACCAAUGCCAAGAGAGCACUGAGAGACUAUGUUUCGUAUCUUUCGCAUUUCGACUACACCCCAGGACUUCCGGCGGAGGUUACUGAGGAAUUCAUUCGCAAGGUAAAUCAAGAUACCAACGGCUAUAAGAUGCCCAAAUCUCAAGGUCAUAGUAGGCUUGAUCUGGAGAGCAAUGCCUCGUUGAGCAAUGGCCAAUUAUCAGACGCUCUUGUUCCGCAUAAUGGCUCGCAGAACCGUAAUCGACAUCACCCCAGUCCAAACCGAUCCGAAUACCCUACCCUUCCUCCGCUGGUGGUUCACCAGAUGUCGGCCCUGUUCUCAGCAACACCGCCGGCUGAUCUCCCACCAUAUCCCGAGACUGCCCCUGCGCUAACCGCCAAGCAACAGUUGCAAGCAACUCAGAAUGAAGCUGCUAAAGCCAUCCUUGCGCAGACUGACUGCCACGAAGCCUUGACCUACCACCCACUCCUCACGGAUGCCCUCCACUCUCUGCUCCUUUGCCACUGUCUGGUGCAAACAUCGGCUCGUGAGCUCCAACGCCACGCUCACAUGGUCGCCAGACUUGCUCGAGUUUGCGACGGCUACCCAAUCUUCCAGGCAGCUCGCUCCCCUAGUCGCGCAGACUGGAUCGAAGUCGUCCGCCGCGGGGACAACUGGGUCGGCCUCCAGCAUUCCUGGGAAUCUCUCUGCGCCCCGGCUCCUCUCCCUGGCCAGGUCCCUCAAAAUCAGCAGAAAGAGACAGCAGCCGAGAAGAAGGAGCGUCUCAAGCAGCAGGCCAUCAUGGAGGCGCUAGAGGACGACCGGGUCCACGACGAAGCCAGCUUCCACGCCGCCGUCGCCGCCCGCCAGCGCCGCCAGGAGGAAGAAGCCCGCAAAGCGGAAGGCCGAGAGAUGCCUAAGCGAUGGGCGCAGGAGGAUGGCAAGGAGUACCCCAUCAGUACUGAUCGGGCUCAAGCCAUCGUCCGCUGGGUCCGAGAGGCUCCCGUGGGUGGCGAAGCCGGCGGUCCCCGCAAGAAGAAGAAGAACCCGAAGGCGGGCACGAAAGGCAAGGCGCCUGUCCAUGUCGAGGAGUCGAUGGCUGGCUUGAAGGUCGAGGAUGCGGACGAGUUUGAAGUCGAGGAGGUGGUCGAGUGA